AUGACAACGUCUUAUGAUGGCGCAAUCAUUCACUUUAAUUUGAAUAUGAGACAUUAUCUACUUUUCUCUCUUUUCUCUCGCCCUGUUUUUCCUCUGUUUCAUGCUUUAGUUUCUCUCUCUAAAUUCCACUUCAUAUUUUCUUUUCUUCACAAUCCCUAUCCUCUUUUCCCAAUUUCGUUUGAAUCUCUUGAUUUUCUUAUUCUCUCUUCCCUCUCUCGCUGCUUUCUAAUUGCCUCUCUCUUUAUAGGUUACUUUGUAUUUUUUGCCUCUCUCUUACUACUGUUUCCCUCUCUCAUUGCUUUCUCACCAUGUCUCUUUGUUCUUCUGAUUACUCUCUCAACAUCACUCUCAUUGCAUUCUCUUUCUCACUAUCUAUCUCUUUGCUUUUUCUCACACUCUCAAUUUUUGACUUUCUUUACAAUCUCUUUCAAAAAUAUAACUAUCAGUAUCUCUCUUUCUCACUGCUUUUCUCUUUUAUAUUAUGACACUCUCUCUCUCUCUCCCAUUGCUUUCUCUUUAUCUUUGCCUUCAUUUCUCACUCUCCCUUUAUCACUAUAUUCUCUUUCUCAGUCUAUUCAUUUGACUGCUCUAUCCACAGAAAGUUAUGAAAAUAACAUUCACUCUUUAAGUUUUUUCUUUUUUUUCUUUCCUUUCAAUCUCUCUUUAUUUUCAUUCCUUUUUUCUCCAGAUCUUUCCAUUUCUUUCUAUCCCCAUCUUUCCUCUCUUCUCUCUUUUUCACUCUGUCUCUUCCCCUGCUCUCUUUUUCUCACUGAUAGACUUUAA